AGAGAGUAGACGGAAGAGAGAAGAUGAGAGUGUGUGAGUUUUUUUGUUUUUUUUACAUAUAAGGGCAAAAGUGUCAAUUCAACUAAAAUUUGCGGGCUUUAUGUAGAGAUUUGCGAGCGAUGUUUAGCAACUCCAAAAUCAUUGUAGAAUAAAUAAAAGAUAACAAGGAGGAUGAAAAAUAAAUAAAAAAAAAUCUGAAAAGACAGAGCAAGAAAUGAACAGCAGCAGCGCAGAGGUUCUGAAUGGCGAAAAUGGCGCAAGUCUAUUAAACUCAGUGGACGCUUUCCUAUUUGAUUGCGAUGGUGUAAUAUGGAAAGGUGACAAGCUCAUUGAUGGCGUUUCUGAGACGCUUCAAUUUUUACUUUUUACUUAUUCGAAUUUUGAACCACUACUCUUCAAGUUAACACGAGUGCUUCGGGAUGAGAUAUUCAGCUCCUCAUUCGCAGCUGCUAUGUACUUGAAAUCCAUACAAUUUCCUCCCAAUAAAAAGGUUUAUGUUAUUGGUGGAGAAGGCAUUGUAGAGGAGCUGCACCUUGCCGGCUUUACAUCCCUUGGUGGCCCUGAAGAUGCUAAUAAGAAAAUUGAACUCAAACAAAAUCUGUUUUUUCACCAUGACAAGACUGUAGGAGCUGUUGUGGUUGGAUUGGAUCAGUAUAUUAACUUUUACAAGCUCCAGUAUGCAACACUUUGCAUUCGUGAGAAUCCAGGAUGCCUAUUUAUUGCUACCAACCGUGAUGCUGUGGGACAUAUGACUGAUUUACAAGAAUGGCCCGGUGCUGGAUGUAUGGUUGCUGCUGUAUGUGGCACAACUCAGAAAGAGCCCGUUGUGGUCGGAAAGCCAUCAACAUUCAUGAUGGACUUCUUAUUAAAGAAAUUCAAUGUUGACACCUCCAGAAUGUGCAUGGUGGGUGAUAGAUUGGAUACUGAUAUUCUAUUUGGACAGAGUGCUGGCUGCAAAACACUCCUUGUUCUCUCCGGUGUGACAACACUGCCUGCUCUUCAGGACUCAGCAAACAACAUCGUGCCAGAUUACUACACAGACAAGGUGUCUGACUUGCUACAACUAUUGGGACCGUAAUUAUGUUACAUUUCAGUGACCAGUGGACCUACACCUCCCAGCCCAU